AUGGCUUCUAAAGCGUUCAGCCUCGCGCUGCAGGGAGGCGCAGCCUCCGUGGCUAGAAGCAGCGUCUACAGAUUUGCUGCUGCUCCAGCAGCAGCAGCAGCAGCAGCGGCGACAGCAGCAGCAGCAGCAGCAGCAACGCACACAGCAGCGCGGCAGCCGCCUCUAGACAGAAUGUGCACAGCAGCAGCGAGGCCCGCAGCAACAGCAAAUCUAGGGGCAGCAGCAGCAGCAGCAGCAGCAGCAGCAGUAACAAAAAAAGCAGCAGCAGCAGCUGCUGCUGCUGCUCUCCUUCGCAGUUUUCACUCUGCGUCGGCGUCGAAUGGACAGCAGCAGCAGCAGCAGGACAAGCAGCAGCAGGAACAGCAACAGCAGCUGCAGCAGCAGCAGCAGCAGCAGCAAGAAGAGCGAGGCACCCAGCAGAAUUCCAAGACGUCGGCUUCUUCCAUGAGCGAUGAAGAGCUGGAGGCGAAGCUGCUGCAGCUGGUGGAGAAAACCCCCGUGGUGCUGUUUAUGAAGGGAAGGCCCGAAGCCCCUCUUUGCGGCUUCUCGGCGAGGGCUUUGCUGCUGCUGGAAGCAGCAGGAGUUCGGGAGUACACUUUCGUCGACUGCAGCAUUCCGCAGCAGCUGCCGCAGCAGCAGCAGCAGCAGCAGCAGCAGCAGCAGCGGCAGCAGCAGGAGCGGCAGGAGCAGGAGCGGAGGGAGCAGCAGGGGGCAGCGGGGGCUGCCUCUCAGCAGCAGCAGCAGCAGCAGCAGCAGCAGCAGCAGCUGCAGCAGCAGCAGCAGCAGCAGCAGCAGCAGCAGCAGCUGCAGCAGCUGCAGCAGCGGCGGCAGCAGCUGGGGAGGUGCGUGAAGCGGGUCUUCGACUGGCCCACUUUCCCGCUGCUGGUGGUUAAGGGCAAAGUUGUUGGAGGGGCUGAUGUGCUGCAGGCGCUGCAGCAGCAGGGGCAGCUAGCUGCGCUCUUCAAGGGCCUUUCAGACAGCAGCAGCAGCAGCAGCAGCAGCAGCAGCAGCAGCGGCAGCGGCAGCAGCAGCAGCGGCAGCGGCGACGGCGGCAGCAGCAGCUAG